AUGAAUAGAUCAACUUCUACAACAACACUUGCAUCAUCAAAUAUGAUCAAUUUACAACAUAGAAUCUUGGAGGAAACUUGGGGAGGAGGAAGUAGAUUCACUCUUUCAAAGUAUAGUUGUGGAAGAUGGAGGUUGGAUUUGGCAUUGGUGUGCAAGGAUUGGUUUGAAUACAUUAGAGACCAAUUUGUAAUUCAACAUGUAACAUUGAUUCAAUCAGAGCCAUCGGCAACAUCACAGCUACGUUUUCACAAGCAAUACAGUUUGUUGAAAGAACCAACCAUCUCAAAGAUAUCGAUACACACCUCUACACUAAUCAUUACACUCCAAUCACAAAACAAUAAAGUAAAGAAAUACUUUUACUAUAAUGGUGAUUAUUAUUCAGAUGAUGAAGACUCCAACAACAACAAUCUCAACUCUUCUACCAACGGUACAACAAAAAAUAAUAAUAAUAAUAAUAGUUUAACAAAGAGUAAUAAUAGUAUCAAUAAUAAUUCUACAAAUUAUAUUGUAUUUGAAUUAUUGAAAUUAUGGAAUCAUUUAAAGUUGAAAAAGAGAGAUAAUGACUUGCUUAUUCAGUACCCGUGUCGUGUGGAUGGUCCGUAUGUCAAUGACUUUCUCAAAAAGUAUCCUAGUCAACACAUCAAGUUUUCGUUUAUGGGCCAGCAACCUCUGUUCAAGUGUGACUGCCAUGCAAGUGAAUUCAAGAUUACUCAGCCACUCGACACGAUAGUCAAGCUGCGUGUGGUGCACACGUCUGACGGAUGCUUCAAGGAGAGUCAUGUCUAUGACCAGGAUGGAGUCAUUCAAGAGCUGACUAUUGACGACGAAUGUGAUCCAGUCAUUGUAUUGGAGCGAUUUGCUAAUUUGUAUACUUUGGAUUUGGUUCCUUUUGGAGACAGGUUCCCAGAGUAUUGGACACGAGACUUUUUGUCAACAUGUGUUGCACAACCAGGUAGAAUAUCAUUACACAAGGAUGCAAUAGCACUUGAAGAGUCGGCACUUGAAUCAAUGGACCUCCAACACUUAAUACUCCAACAACACUCUUCAAAUCGUGCAACGACUCUUGAAUUGGAGCCAAUCAUAUCGAUGGGUCUAGAAGAGAUUACUAUACGAUAUGACGGUGACCCGUUCUAUGACGAAGUUUUAUUUGAUACUAUCAAGCAGUCUCCCAGUAUCACUAGACUAUCAAUUAAAAUCAAUCAACCACUCCACUCUAAACAACAUUCAUCCUACAUCAAAUCGAUCUUUCAAAACAUUGGAUCAUCGUUGACACAUCUCUCACAUUUAGAGAUAUCGUUUAGUACAAAUUGUGAUCUCACUCUACUCGACCAAUUCAACCAUACCAUACAUUCCUCCAUCUCUGCUCACCCAUCAAUUGAAUCAUUUUUAAUUCAACAUUCUUUUAAACAUUAUGUUGGUGGCAGUCAACAAAAUAACCACCACGAUGAUCAUGAUGAUUAUUAUAAUCAUAUUAACAACAAACAAGUAGAACAACAACAACAAGAAUCUACUACAUCCCUUCUUUCAAACUAUCAUACUUGGAAUCAAUGGAGACAAAAGGUUGAUACCUACGGAUACAAAUAUCACAUCAAUAAUUUAUUUGGUAUUAAAAAAAUAUACAAUUAA